AAUUAAAAAAAAAAAAAAACUAAAAAGGCAAGAUUUAAAAGUUGUUAUCCCGCGGGCCGUGUGCUGCCCCCUGGGGCCGUGGCUCGGAACGGCCGGGAGCUGGUGACCGAGGCUUUACGUGCCCGUCCYCAGCCCGCGAUGGAUGGAGGUGGCCGGGCCGUGUGUCCCAUCGCGGGAGCGGGGCUGGGUGACUGGCGCUGCGCUCUGCGGGGCUUGCAGUGCGGUGGUGCUGGGAAAUGGCCAAAAAUAAAAUGAAAAAGGGAAGGUGUGUGUUUUCCUAGGAGGCAACGAACCAGUACAUGGUAAUUCUAUCACCUUCUGGCCAUCCAAUGAUGAAAUCAGAAGCUAAGGAUGGAGAAGAGGAAAGCCUGCAGACAGCAUUCAAAAAGCUGAGAGUUGACACAGCUGGAUCUACCACCUCUCUCUCUGUGGGUGAUGGGACAAGUGCCCGAGCAAUAGUUAGAACAGUGGCAGAUGAAACCAAACCUAAGACUGUGUGUGCUUCUAAGGAAACCUGGCAUGGGUCUGUGAAGAAGCCUUCGAGAGGAGUUGUGAGAACCCAGCGUCGUAGGCGUUCCAAGUCUCCAAUUCUUCAUCCACCAAAGUUUAUCCAUUGCAGCACAAAAUCCCAUUCCACAUGCAGCCAGCUGGUGCAGAAGAGCCAGGCUGAUGCCCAGGAGGACAGCAGUGGGUUYGGGAUGCCAAUCCCAAAGGAAGCUUGUGCACACGAACACUGCAGUGUCGUUCCGGAUGUUGGCCAGAAGGGAGCUGAUGAGUCUYUGGGAGUUUCUGUUUCACAGUUGCCAUCAGAGAACAGACAGGAGAACUCUCCAGCUGCAGCUUCUCUAGUAUCCAAAGCAAACCCAAAGACUGUGGAGCUUGCUGACUUCCAGUCCAUGUCCAGGCUGAACCUGAGUAAGCCGUGUGCAUGUGCAGAUAAAGCCUGUCAGUGCAAACUGUGGCAAGAUAUGGAAGURUACAAAUUCUCUGGCUUGCAGAACACCCUCCCACUGGCACCUGAUAGAACAGUUUCUGAGGAGCACUCCCAGCCUUUGCCAUCAAGAACUCCCUCAAGUUCUCCACGCUCUUGCUCUGAGCAAGCCAGGGCCUUUGUGGAUGAUGUGACAAUUGAAGACCUUUCGGGUUACAUGGAGUAUUACCUGUAUAUUCCAAAGAAAAUGUCUCACAUGGCAGAAAUGAUGUAUACCUGACAGCGCUGAGCACUAAAACCAGAAGGGUGGCUGGUUUGAAUCUGCCCUCAGGCACGUUGUGUGAAGAUACAACCCACUCCCUGCUCACUGUGCUUCCAAUAAAAACACUUCUUUGCAUCUCAGCUGAUGUUUGUUAUUUAAGCUGGACA